CCGAGUCUUGUUCAAAUGGAUUUAUGCUUCGAAACGCCAAUCACAUUUUCCAACGGUCUUUUAACUUCUGAAGUUGUGUUUCUAGACAAUGAUCCCAAGGCCAAGGGGAAGGAGGCCUUGCACAAGCUCCCUCGUUCAGAUCCUGCUAGAAAGAUGCACUACAAGCAAAUUGUGCAAGCAAGCACUUCCUCUGCUGAUCACCAGUGGCAUCAUCCAGGACAGCUAUGCGUUCCCCAAGAUCAUCAGCGCGAUGCUCUCCUUCUUCUCUGACAUCAACCAUGACCAAAACAUCCUCUCUCUGGUUCAUGAACCGGACACGUUCAUAUUCAAUACAAUCAUCACAGCGUUUGCCGGCGACACCAACAAGCCGGUGUCAGCUAUCUCGUACUACAAAUUGAUGGUUGGCAGGGGUUUGUGGCCGGACAUCUACACGUUCCCGGCGAUCUUGAAAUCAUGCUCGAAGGUGUCAGGGAUUAUGGAAGCAAUACAGUUUCACGGAAACAUUGUGAAAUGGGGUUUAGCAGAGGACCUCUAUGUGCAGAACGCACUCGUUCAUGUGUAUGCUGUCUGUGGGAAGUGCUGUGAUGCUCGGCAGAUGUUUGAUGAAAUGGUUGAGAAGGACGUGGUCUCAUGGACAAGCCUUAUUGGUGGGUAUGCUAAAGUAGGGCAUCCAAAGGAAGCCCUGCAGCUAUUCCUAGAUAUGGAUGUGAAAGCUAAUGCGGCCACGAUGGUAAGCAUGCUUUCCGCCUGUGCGCAGUUAGGCGCGUCGGGCAAGGGCAGAGGAAUACAUGGCAGCAUCUGCAAGUAUGGGUUUCAAGUAGAUCAGAUAUUGGGCAAUGCGCUAAUGGACAUGUAUGUGAAAUGUGGGUGGCUGGAUGAUGCAAAUUUGGUAUUCAAGGAGAUGACUGGAAGGGAUAUAGUCUCCUGGACCACCCUCAUUAGUGGCUUGUCACAAAACGACAGACCGAAGGGUGCUUUGCAGAUUUUCCAUGACAUGCAAAUGUCAGGCAUUGAGCCUGAUAGAAUGGCUUUAACUAGUGCACUUUCAGCAUGUGCAAGCUUAGGAGCAUUAGCUGCUGGCCGAUGGAUUCACCAAUACAUGGAUCGGAAGCAUAUAGAAUGGGAUGUACACGUAGGAACAGCAGUAGUGGACAUGUAUGCAAAAUGUGGUUGCAUUGAAAGGGCACUUCAAGUCUUUCAUAAAAUGCACCAUAGGAAUGUCCGCUCAUGGAAUGUAAUGCUUGGAGGCCUAGCUAUGCAUGGACAUGGGAGAAAGGCCCUUGCAUAUUUUUCUCAGAUGGUCGAGUCAGGUAUCAGACCUAAUGAGGUAACCUUUUUGGCUGUCCUUGGUGCCUGCUCUCACUCUGGCUUUGUUGAGGAAGGAAUUUGGCAUUUCCACUCUAUUAGGAACGUUUAUAAUGUUAUACCGAAGAUUGAGCAUUAUGGUUGCAUGGUUGAUCUGUUAGGCCGUGCUGGACGCUUAGAGGAAGCCCGAGUUCUCAUUCAAAGUAUGCCUAUGCAAGCUGAUGUGCGCAUCUGGGGUGCGAUGCUUAGUGCUUGCAAGGCUUAUGGAGAUAUGAAACUAUGCCAAACGAUCCGAGCUCAUAUUACUGAGCUUGAGGCAUCUGAUAGUGGAGUAUAUGUGCUUAUCUCCAACAUAUAUGCAACGAACAAUAGAUGGGAAGAUGUGAAAAGGAUGAGGGCCUUGAUGAGGGAUAAAGGGAUUAGAAAAUCUCCUGGAUCAAGUUUCAUAGAGGUGAACUGUAAAACCCAUGAGUUCAUGGUAGGAGAUGUCAACCACCCUCAACACAAGCAUAUACAGUGCAUUUUGGGCACACUCACAAGACACAUGGAACUUGAGUGCUUGGGAUUGCACGUGGGCAUGGUCUGAAAACAUUGACCAAGAUGAGAUGCUUCAACAGGGUCUAAAUGCUAGGGCUCUUUUAAAACUUGGCGAGUUGUUUACACUUGCCAAUCUGAUCUGCAAUUGUUAUGAAGAAGAAGGAACAUGCAGAAUUUUGUAAACUUCCAAGCUCAAGGAUGUCAUUGUUUCGUCACUAAAGUGUGUGCGUCCUUUAAAAUGAAGCUAAAGCAAUUCAGAGAACUUGCACUGUUAUCAGAGAGAGCUUUCGUACUGAAGAUACAAAGAAAGCCUCAGUCAAGAUGGCACCUCAUGGUCUGUAUUUAUGACAUUUGACUGAGGGUGGUUUCCAGGGCUUAGGAAAGAGGAAGGUAUUGGAAUGAUUGGAUUCAAUUCAAGGAUUCUACGGCCUUAACCUUCCAUGAGUAUGUGUGUGACAUAAUGAUGGGUUGUGAUUCUGCUUUGCGUUGCAAUACAAUAAUGAGUGCUCCAUUCUAUUGGGAUUAUUUAGAAAUGACCAAUUUGAGUCUGAAGCAUAGUCGGACAUGAUGUGAAAAGGAUGAAUCUGAUAUUCUGGUUUCAAAAUAGUAAUCCGCCAAAGAAUAUGUAUU